GUCAGGCUCGCUCUUGCCAGCAGCGGCCCUGUGGCACGACACCUCGACCGCCAGAUCUGCUCUUUCCAUGUUCGCUGCAACCUUCCCUUUCAUUCUCUGGCGUCUACUCCAAUUGGGGGCCGAAAACUCUUCACUUUCUUACCGUUGAUUUUCAACUUUUAUGUCGAUUGUUCAACUGACAGUAAAUCACCGUCGGAUCUUUCAUGCAAUGCCUGAUCACCUCCAGGACACAGCCUGACCUGACCCAGACCCUGACGGACCAUAUCCGACCAACCAACACCCUGUCUUCGUGACUACUGACGCCCUCGCAGCAUCAAUGGCUGCGGACGACGGCAUGUGAGUUAAUAUCACAGAAAAACACUCUUCCUGCGGAGGACCCAUGGAUUGGCAAGCUGGGCAGCUAUAGGUGAGUGGGUGUGGUCUUAUCGCCCACAUCUUGCAUGGAUCCAGAUCUCGAUAAUACCACUUUGGGCAGUGACUCCUUUUCCACUUGCUUCUUGGAGCUCUCACAGCCGUUGGCUCGUGCCCAACCCGGAAGCAAGCCAAGGACCUCUUCAUUUUUAUCCCUCGACACACUGUCACCUCCCUCACCCGUCCUCGGUGUUGAGAGUCGGCACUGUCGUUGCCCGAUUUUAUCACAUGCCCACGCUAGCAACCCCGAUAGCUCCGUAAGGGUUCCGGAUCGUGGGGUCUGCCGGUUAGACCAGCGACCUCCUGCAUCGGCGCAUCCUGACAGAGUCUCCUAACCCAAGAACGAAUAGCUCGAGCCCACAGAAGCCACCGUUCAAUCGGCUUGCUCCUUUUUCCACAACGGACGACGGUUGACACAGACCCCGGUCAAGCCCUGGGAGUGCAGGCCCGACUGUUGCGAGCGUGCAUGGGAUGGCUGCUUGUCGAUUUCCCAGGCUGUCCAUGGCUGCCACGCUCAAGGCCUCGAAAGAGCAACGGGGACACCUUGCCGCAGGGCCGUGCGCAUCGGCGCCCUUCACAGCAGCAAUAGGCCACAGCUGCCUGUCUACUGCAGGUGCUAACCGUACCGAACGGCCUGCAGUUCCUAGCUCCAACGGACAUGCACAGUGAGCUUGUAGAACCAUUCUUCAGUGUCAGCAUCGGGGCUGCUCGCACGAUCGAAGCAGUCUCAUCGCCCACAGCCAGCUCGGCUCCACUGACGUGCCAUGGCGUUGCGGUGGAUGUUGGCAAGGGGCCCAGCUUUGGCCUAGGCCUAGGUAGCACCAGCAGCAUCCCUGAAGGUCGAACUGUUCCUUCGUCGUUCACCCACUCGCAGGGGGGCCACCACCCAAGAGAUGCACGACCACCACCACAUCAGAUGAACCGCACAAGAUGAGAGCGGCUUUGCUGCACUUGAACCACGCAGCCGCCGAAGAUCAAACCACAGAAUAUCUUCCAGAUGUUGUGUCCUUUCCUCGCAAUCUGGUGGGAGGGCUAGGAUGUCCCCCGGCACUCCCUUGACCUUAAUAUCAGAACGUUAAGCAUGUAUCGACAAGUAUCUUUGGACCCCUGCUUCAAGUACUUUGUACCGAACCACCCCCCUGCUGAAGAGCUAAACCGCCCCUCUCAACACCCCACUGGAGGGGUUUAGCUUUCUGUGGAGUGUGGUGUUGUUGUGGUUGUUGCGCUGCUGUUGCUGUCUUCUGCCGGGCCCUACGAUACAAUCCUUUUGCAGCUAGCUAGGGGCUCAGUCCUCGGGUACCUUGAUGACCGGUCAUCGCGGAGCAUACCACGAUGUUGGGUGGAUAUGGAGAGCUGGCCUGCGGGGGAUAGGGAGGGUCCUUCCAUAAUGGAAGGAAAUACCGAUGCAGAUAUAUCACCACGAUCAACAAAAACUUGGCGCUGAAUAUUCCAUUUCGCGAUAACAGGCCAUUGUGUUGUGUAUUCGAGCACCUUCCUGUGAGGUCCAGAGAAGGCUUACCAAGGAUAUCCAGACAUGCACUAUGCUUGAGGCUGGAUGGAUUACCGGUAGCCUGUGGCCGCUACCUACCUAGGUAGUAUGGAUGCAGAAGCCGCGGGCUGGGUGGCAGGGUUAUACCCACAACUGAUACCCCCCCUUCACCCCCGCGCACAUUCUCUGGACCGGGCCGGGCUGGCUGAUCCUGGACAACUGCCCCCUGGACGACUGGCUAUGACCGUUGGAGAUUGUCCAUACCAGUAACUGAUCGACUAAUAAGAUCGAACCCAGUAGGCGCGCUUCCGCCCAUACCUUACAUCUCCCCAGAUCUGCCCUCACCAGUAACAUUGGCCUCCUCGUCGUCGUCUUGGAUCGUGAUCCUGAACGGAGCCGCACUGUUUCCUUCAGCCCCUUAGCACUCCCCUCAACAGGGUCAUCGUUGCAUCCAUCCGCUUGUGACGGCAUCCUGCUCUCCAGAGUCAUAUUCGGCCUCUCCCGCCGCGGCUUAUGUGGCUCAGGUCCUCUACCAAGAGAGACUCGGUCACACGUACAGCACCCUCACCCGGUCUCCUGACAGCAACUCCUACUGGCCAGGAAUAGUAAAAGGUCUCCGACCGGACACUCUGCACAUCCGGCUCUUGCACAUCAAGUCCCCCCCUGUCCAUCUCCUUGUUUUGAACAACAAACUUCUGCAUUGGACCAGUCGAGGUGCGCUUGGCAGCAAGACAAGAAUCGUGCAACUGCCUAUUCGCCACCCCUUGACUUGCUCUGGAGAGAGUGUCUUGAAGGGCACAGCUACCCGAAACGGAUUCGUAUCCUCCUACCAAGUCAGUACUCACCACGGGCUACCCGCGGCUACCCCCGCCUGAAGUUGACGCCAACAACCCUCCUCCUCUUCAGAGUCUGGGGAAGCUCAGUGGAUAUCCUGGCUGCGCUCUGUUGUCGGCGGUUGCUCAGUCACAGUGGGAACCCACAUGCACGCCCACCCUUGAACCAAGAAAUCGUCACCCCCUCCAGCAGCAGAUCACCUUCUGCCAGCCAGCAACCCCAUCAAACCCAGACACCCUGGUUUCCCGGCACCCCAAAGCUUGACUGAGCGGAGAAGGGGGUCUCACCGUCAGCCGUUCUUCCAGUACCAAUCCCCACUGGUACCCGAUCCCCCAGUCUGGCGAAGAGAUUGCCGCUCGUGUCCAGUUUGGCAUCUCCUCCUCCAUUGUGUGCGGACAUUCAGCCCAAACUGGUGGCAUCCCAGCUCUCCUCCUGCCCCCCUACUACCCCCCCUACCCUGGACUCACAUCCUGCCAUUCUCGUCCUUGCCUUGGCGCUUGGGCGUGCUUAACUUAUCAUUAUAUAUCCCGGGGAUUAGCUUCUUUGGAGAAGGUCAAGAGAGGGCUAUUGACGGGGGAGAGGCUAUUAUUCUUGUUUGCGUGGAUUCUCUGGGCACAGCACGACUAUCAUCUAUUGGCCAGAGUUCAACUUCUUUUCUUUGGCACCCCUUCCCUCCCCCGCCGACCACCAUUUCAACUCCGGUUGGAUUUGAUUUCCUUUCUCCUCUUCCUCGACCGCUCGGCACAGGUAUUCUCCCCACACAAGACGUGCCUGACCAUCGACGGCGGUCUCCCAAAGAUACAUCUGUCAAGGUCAUACUCGUUUACCGCCGGCCAGUUGACUACCUCGUCAUCCCGCUUCGACUUCCUCCUUACCAACAAACUUGACGCACCUCAGACCGGAGCCAUCGAACAGAAAGCGCAUUCCAAACACCACCUGAGCCGAGUCCGCAUGUACACUAUUCCCGAAAUCAUUUGAUACCACGACACAUACUCGACCAUUUACAUUCUGUUCGCAUCGCGUGUCCUCAAACAGUCAUCAUGGGUGACUAUCAUUAUCACCACUUUCUAUCCUCCAUGGCGGGUGUGGGUGGACAGCCUAACCAGAGUCCACUUGAAGGCCCCCCACAGAUGUCUCACCAACCUCAGGUGUUGGCCAUGGGAGGCCAUGGCCCUCCAAUGCCUAACCCAUACCAAAGCCUGGGAUACUUUACGGGAUUCCCUGAGCCGAUCAUGUUCAAUGCGCCAAAGUCGCAAAGAAGCAGGCGCAAGUCAGCACCAGGCCUCGAUCACAUCAAACAUCGACGCACAAGAUCAGGCUGCUUUACAUGUCGCAGCCGUCGAGUCAAGGGAAAGAGAGAAUGCCUCUAUCCAGAACCGGCGCCGCCGAAAGGUUCUGGGGGUUCGACCUCAAAAGAGUCUUCUUCAACUGCGCCCAGUCAACAGGCGAGCCCGACCUCUUCACGAGGCGACGACGAUGACGACGACGACCGGGAUUCAAAGCUGGAGCCGAUCAUGGAUGAAGAUGAGGAAGAGCCGCAGAGCACCACAUCGACGACUGCGCCAAUGUUUCCUUUGAGAAGAUCGAGCACCACAUCCUCCUUUGGUUUACAGCGUGUCCCUACAGGGUACCGGUACGACUCGGAGACCCCGUCUUUUGAUGGUAAUAAGAGCUCUUCUCCCUUGUCGACGGGCACGGCGACCGCACAAUCGCACCGUCCAGACUGGACGUUCUUACCACACGAGCUGCAGUUUUAUCUCGGCUAUUUCUACGAAAAUAUCACGCACUACCACUACGGGCUCAUCAGCGACGCCGGUGACUUCUUCCGAACCACUCUGGUAGGGUUGGCGCUUCGAAAUGAGGCCUUGCUGUAUGCUAUUGUGGCCUUUUCGGCAUACCACCAUGCGCUGCAUAAUCCCCAUGGCAGGAUCAACGAGUUCUUGCAAUAUUACAACCACAGCGUCAACAAUCUUUUGGAGUGUCUAAAGAGGAAAGAAAAGUACAGUAUCGCGACGCUUUUGACGAUAUUGCAGCUCGCGACAAUCGAGGAAUAUUUGGGUGACUGGGUCAACCUCAUGGGCCAUCAAAAGGCCGCCCUGGAGAUUUUUACGCAGCUUUUUACUCCGCAGACAAUCAUGCAGUCACAGACAGGCCGGGCUGCACUGACUUGGUACGGUCGCUUUGAUCUCUUCGUUGCCAUUAUGGGUAGCUUUGAAACGACGUUGCCUCGUGAAUGGUACUUGGAGGCAGCAACAUACCACGAUUCGUGCACGGCCGCCGAACCAGACAGUGUCUUUUGGAAGUUCGAAGCAUGCUCUGCGAAGAUGCAGCUUAUUUCGAUGGAAAUGGCCAUGUUGUAUGCCAGGAGGGUGAAGGAAGAGGUCACGGCAGAAGACUUCGCCGCAGAACAUCAGAGAUUGAGCAGAUGUCUCGACGACUGGAAAAAUGGAUGGGAUCCUGCUCUGGUAGACCCUUCCCAUCUUGUUACGGACUUUUCAGGGAGCCGCGCACCAGAUCCGAACGACAUUGUCAACCCGUUCACAUCGGGAGCACUGUUUCAACCACCACUGUUCCCUUCGACGGUCUUGACAGCCAGCUACCAUUCCAUGAGCCUCUUGCACGACAGCCAGAGUGGCAUCAGACCAACAGGAGAAGCCAAAGACAAAUUGAGGGAGCAUGCCUACAAAAUCUACCAGAUUUUCGAGGCAGUUGAAUUCUGGUCGCACAGCCCGCCGGGAGGGCUCAUUGCGUUGCAGUCAGCUUUAGCUGUGGCAGCUCUCUAUGUUCAGCGGGAUCCACGCCAUCAGAUGUGGAUCAGGAGGAAGUUUGUGUUACUGGAGGCGAUGGGAUACAUUUUCCCUGCCACGAUGCGUGUGCGAAUGGCCGAGCUUUUCGCAGACGACACCUGCACCAGAUGGUGGCUGCCGAACGAUGAGGGCUUUCCGCCCCUACUACAAAAUAUCCGCGCAUAUGCCGACGAACGCAAUGCCAUGGCGGCGACUACCCAGAGAGACACGGUACAGCAGAUUCGCCAUGUGUUUUCGAGGAUGAACAUUAGAGAGGCCGCGAGAAAGGCGGCAGAAAACUAACGGCCCGGUUAUGGCGGCAUGACAGCAACCUAUGUCCGACUCAAUCAGGACGGUCUGACAGGCGGCUGGCAAAUUUAGGGGACACUGAAGUAUCAGCAACAACCUCGUCGCGACAACAGUUGACGUUGCUCAAGGACAAUGCGGCUCAUGUCUGCCGGGCGGCCCGAAUCCCUGGACAAUUUCCUGGGACCCGAUCAUGCGGGUCUGCGACGUCGAAUAUCGUUGCUAAUGCAGGGGAAAAAUUGCUUAUCACAGCUGGCACCGCAUUUGCCAUUCUGAAACACCCCCUCGGCGUUAGGUGAUGAUGGUGCCUACUCAGCUCUCCUCCUUCCUCUUUCCCCCACACACCACCAACUGACCCCCAACGACACCCUGUCAUGCAAUCGGAAUCGGCAGGAUACAUUCAAAUGGCAUGCUGAUCUUGUGACUCUCCUGGCGCCAUGCGGGCGCCAAUUCCUUCUAGGGAGCGGCGGCUGCUGUUGCAUGAUGCAUCAUCAUCCGAACUGGUGGUGUCUUGGCUUGGGUUUGACAGUCUUGGGGGAAAGGGAGACUGGACCUGUCACGCGGGAAUAGGAGUGGAGGAUGUCACUAACAUCGGAAGACGGGCGAGAAGCGUCAACCUCGGCGCUCUAGGACUGGAUGCAAGACUUUUUGGUGUCUUCCCCUCACGACACGGCACGAUCACGGGACGAUGUCUUCCGAGCCCCCAAGAACAGCUGGCCCUCACCUAAUUCUGGCCUACAUACAACCUUUCAAGUUACAUUUUUUUCACUUUGACUUUUUGUAUUACUGAUAUAUAUAUCUGUGGGUUUUUGCACUUGGGUUGGCUGUCUUGUUAUUUCUGGCUUUUGUCUUGCAUUGCCCUUUUUUUUUCUCUUCAGAUACUCCCCAGUGACUGGGGAAGGAUUGUAUUAUUUACUUUUUUUUUUUUAUUUCAAGCACCAAAUAUUUUGACAUUUGUGAGCACAUAAUUUUUAUUUUCUGAAAGUUUCAUUUCUUUUCUUUUCUAUGUGAAGUGGUUGGAUUAUGGGGACGGAACCAGCGGCAGCGUCAUAAUCAUCAACGAGGACUGGCAGGACAACAACAGAGAGAGAGAGAUGGAAGUUUAGGGAACCGACAACACAACCUCCUAAUGUACGUGUGUGUGCGUGUGUGUGUGUACGAAAAGAAGACCUAGUGCGACAAACCAAACAGUGCGAAAUGAUACCCUGGGUUUUCUCUUUUUUUCUUUUUCCUGAGCGGGCGGAAGAAACUAAAAGUUGGGAGAGAGACUAUACAAUGUAUUAGUACGACGACGAUUUCGGUAACUGGAGUCUGGAGGUUUUUGGUGUGUGCAUAGCAUAGCAUAGCAUGGGUAUGGAUGGGCUUAAGAAAAGGGGGUUAGUGGUGUCUUUGCGUGUGUGUUGUGUGUUGUGUGUGGGAGCUGAUGGGGCAGAUCAUGGGAGUAGAUUUGUAUCUCAAGGG